AUGUUUCGACGUCUGGGUCAGCAGAACUAUCGGGCUGAAAGCCCGAGUGUCGACCUGAACGGAUCGGUGUCCUUGUCAAUGCACAGUGAUCUGACGAGCCGCGAAUUGGAUAACUCGUCCACACUGAACUCGUCCGAUGCUGAGGACGUGUCGAUGACGUGCAACGUCGAAAAGAACAAUGAACCUAUCAGAGAGCAUCGAGUUGUUGAAAAACCGGAGAUCGCUAUGAUCAUCGCCAAUAUAUGUAGAAAGCUCAACACUAUUGUUAAUCUGGUCCACGAGUUUUCCACGGACGCUUUGGGUCUGCGUGAAAGUGCCGACGAUCUUGUUGGAUGA